UAUUUAAAAAACAAAAUAUCUACAUGCUGUUUCGUGUGACAAUGACAAGCAGAUGUUAGCAUUUGAUAACAGAGAUGAAUUGAGUGACACACCACACAUGGCAGUGUACACCUCACUGCCUAUUUUAAAAGCAAAAUUUCUGCAUGUGGGUUUUGGUGUGACAAUGACAAGCAGUACUUAGGACUUGAUAACAGAGAUGAACAGAUGGAUUUUUCUAUGAAAUAAAAGAUUAAUGAAUCAGAUAUACCUGUUAUUAUUGAUUUUAGAUGCAUGUUCUCUAAACAAAAAGAGUAGAGGUGGGACUAUGGGAAUCUAACCCACAAUCCUUGUGAGAAGUGAUAAUGCUCUCCACGACCUCAAGUAGUUGGGAUAAAUCUUAGAUGAUAAUGAUCAUCUAAACAAAAGAGUUCUGCCGGACACCCACCGAUAAUACUGCAGUCCAUGCAUUCCUGUGUAGAAAUGCUAUGGAGGCCCCUCUCACUAUGGCGUGAGAAAGAGACCACUUGAUUGACACCGUACAGAAAACCAUACCAACAAAUAAGUAGCUGAAAUAAUGCAUGUGGGUUCAGCUCACAGGGCAUUGUUCUACUUCUAUAAGUUCGCAGAAGAAGAAAACGGGUGUUAUUGCUCCAAAGCGUUUUGUGCAAAGAGUGAAGAAACAAAAUGAGCUUUUCCGCAGUUACAUGCACCAGGAUGCUCAUGAAUUUUUGAAUUUUCUACUUAAUGAGCUUGUUGACAUCCUGGAGAAAGAGCACAAUUCUACAAAAGACUCUCCAGAAACUUCAUCACCAUCUGAAAAGACUGCAAAUGGGCCACAGGCUGUUCAAACCAAUGGUGGUAAAAAAGAGCCACUGGUCACCUGGGUACACAAAAAUUUUCAGGGGAUACUGACCAAUGAAACACGAUGCUUACGGUGUGAAACUGUGACAGCAAGGGAUGAAACUUUUCUAGACUUGAGCCUUGAUAUUGAACAAAACAGCUCGAUCACUAGCUGCCUCAAAAACUUCAGUUCCACCGAGACUUUGAACGCUGAGGAUAAGUUCUUCUGUGACAAGUGCUGCAGUUUGCAAGAAGCCCAGAAGAGAAUGAAGAUCAAGAAGCCACCAUUUAUACUCGUUAUCCAUCUGAAGCGCUUCAAAUACAUUGAGCAGCUUGGUCGGUACAAAAAGCUAUCUUACCGGGUUGUUUUCCCUCUAGAGCUGAAGUUGAGCAACACCAUGGAAGACGCGGACUCUGAGUACUCCCUGUUCGCGGUGGUCGUCCAUGUUGGGAGCGGACCCAAUCAUGGCCACUAUGUGAGCCUUGUGAAGAGCCACAAUCACUGGUUGUUCUUUGACGACGAAAACGUGGAGAUGAUCGACGAGUCAGCUGUGCAGACGUUUUUCGGGUCUGCACAGGAGUACUCAAGCAACACUGACCAUGGGUACAUCUUGUUCUAUGAGAGCCUUGCAAGCAGGAGUUGAGGUUAUUUGCCUUUUUAGGGUGUUGGGUGCUCUUUUUCCCUUAUUUUUUUCCCUUUCAUAUCAUGUUGGAAGAGCUCUCAGUAAUCAUUGAGUUGAGAUAUGGAGAUUUUCAGGUGGUUGGCUUUCCAUGUAAAGUGGAUGGUGGAAGCAACACACUGUCCUUUGUUGCAACAAUAAAAAAAAAGGAGUGUAAAUGAUGGUGAGAGUUUCACGGAGAGACUAUUUGUAUUCUUCACUGUUGAAUAUUUAUAAUAGAAAUGCAAUUGCACUCA